AUGGCGGCGGCGAGAUGCGGCGACGCCGAUGGCGCGACGGCCGUGGCUGGUCAGCAGUGGUGCGGAAGCGUGGCGUCGGCGGGGAGACGCGGCAUCGGCGGCAAGCGCUACGGCUGGGGGAGCGGGCGGCCGCAGCAGGCGCAGUGGCGCGACGGCCGUGGCUGGCCGGUGGGCAGCUGUGGCUGGCAGCGCGACACGACGGCCGUGGCUGGCUGGCAACGGCAAGGCCGCCACGGCGGAGAUAGUGCCGGCGAGCUGGCGGCUGGUGACGGGGUUGAGCUGGGCGGCGGUGGUUCUGGUGGUGGUGGUGACGGCGUCAUGGUGGUUCAAGGCGGCGGGGAUGGCGUCGGCCGAGGGCGCGAAGGCGGCGGUAUUGGUCCCUGCGCGGCGACGGCGGCGGUGCCCCCAGAUCCGCGCCUCUCGGCCGGAUUUGGAGGGUAG